GCGAGACGGAGGCGGCCAAGCCAAGAAAUUGAUGGCGGGAGCAGAGAGCGCGCGGCCGGCGCCUCCGGUGCUGCCGUGGACGGUGCGGCUCCAGGUGCUCGCGCUCGGGGCCGCCUGCGACCUCUCGCAGCGCCGCGACGGCACCGUGAACCGCUUCCUCUUUUCGUUCGCCGACCGCCAGACCCCGGCGAGACCGCGCCCGGACGCGCUCGGCGUCCGCUCCGCUGACGUCAUGGUCAACGCCGACAGAAGCCUCUGGGCGCGCGUCUUCUCCCCUUCCGCAGGUAAAGCCGAGGCGGCGCCGCUCCCCGUCCUCGUGUACUUCCACGGCGGCGGCUUCGCGCUGCUCUCCGCGGCGUCCGCGCCCGUGGACGCCAUGUGCCGCCGCUUCUGCAGCGAGCUGGGCGCCGUGGUCGUCUCCGUCAACUAUCGCCGCGCGCCCGAGCACCGUUACCCCGCGGCCUACGAUGACUGCGCGAACGUGCUCAGCUACCUUGCCACCACCGGCCUCCCUGCCGACAUCGGCAUCCCAGUCGACCUCUCCCGGUGCUUCCUCUUCGGGGACAGCGCCGGCGGCAACAUCGCCCACCACGUGGCCCACCGAUGGACCUCCUCGGCACCCGCUGCUUCUGAUAACACUGUCCGCCUCGCCGGUAUCAUCCUGCUGCAGCCGUACUUCGGCGGCGAGGAGCGCCCAAAAGCAGAGCUGAGGCUGGAGGGCGUGGGGCCGGUGGUGAACAUGCGCCGCUCGGACUGGUCAUGGAAGGCGUUCCUGCCGGAGGGGGCCGAUCGGAACCACCCGGCGGCGCACGUGACUGGCGAGGCGGGCCCGGAGCCCGAGCUACCGGAGGCGUUCCCGCCGGCGAUGGUCUCCGGUACGAUGGGAACGAGGAACGGGAACGGGGGACGAGAGUCGGAGGCUAGAAAAAAUAGGGCGGUGCAGGUGCUGGAGUUAGCGGACGCUAUCCAUGGCUUCUACAUGUUCCUGAAGCUCCCCGACGCCGGGAAGCUCGUCAACGACGUUAACAACUUCAUGGAAACCGCCACGUCCGGCCAUUAAUCCGCUGUGUAGUCGACUCAGCUCGUAUGCAGCCUCGCCCGCGAGAGCUCCAUCGUGUCUGAUGCGAGGGAA